ACAUCACUUUCUUAACACUUACCUCUCACUAUCAUUAUUCAUUCCAUACUAUGGCUUCUUUUGGGAACCAACUCUCUUUCUUUUUGCUCUUGGUGCUUGUCAUCUCCCCCCAAAUUCAAGCUAGAGAAGGCAAGCUCUUUAGCUUGUUCUCCCAUUUCAGAACCAUCUAUAAUGUCAGAGACCCUCUUGACAAAACAAAAGCUGAAUCUCCAGCACUAGCACCAGAACCAGCUCUAGAACCAGCAUCAGCAGCACCAACACCAGAACCAGAAACAGCACCAACACCAGCACCUUCAGCUGAACAAGAAAUUGGGUCAACAAUACCAUCUGGACCAGCACCAGAGCCUGAAUUUUUUGACAGUGGAGAGGCUUAUGGCCUCUAUGGUAGAGGCUCUUAUAGCCAAUACCCUCCCACCAAGGAGACUCCUACCGCCACCACCACCUUUCAAAAUGCGCUUCUGAAUGAAGACGUCAAUGAGGAGAGCUACAAAACUGGCUACCCCAAAUCCAAUUUCUACAACAACAACAAUGAAGAGUACAACAACAAUCACAACACUAGGGAAGAGUACAGGAACAGUUACAUUGGUGGCUACUCCAACAACAACUACAACGAAAAGGAAAAUUACUACAACAACAACAACAACUACAAUGGCAAGGAAAAUUACUACUACUACAACAACAACAACAACAAUAACAACAACAACAAUUAUAACGGCAAUGGCUAUGAGGAGAAGAGAGAGGGAAUGAGUGACACAAGGUCCUUGGAGAAUAGAAAUUACUACUAUCAUGUGAAUAGUGUUAAUGAGAAUUAUAACCUUAAUGGGUACGAAUCAGGGAGAGGGAGGACUGCUGAAAACGAAGGUUACUAUGAGAAGAGUCAGUAUCCAAAUGAGUUUGACACCAUGGAAGAGUACGAGAAGCAGCAGGAAGAACAAGGCUACACCCCUUGAGUGUUUUUUGUUUUUUUUUUUUUUUUUUUGCAUUUUUGUGUGGUGAAAGAAUCAGAGUGAGACACACACACAAGGGUUACACAUUGAAAGAAAAUACUAAGUUAUGAGAUAGUAAUUGUGAUGCUUUACUUUCUAGUUUCAUCCUUGGUCUUGCAGUUUCUUAUGUUGCUGAUCAAAGUGAUGGAGAGAGUACGCAGUGUUAUCAUUUGUGCAGUGUGAGGUUCUAUCUAUCUUUUUCGGUAUUUUGACAAUUGGAAACUAUAUACCUUUCUGUGUUUAUGUCACAAUUAGAUGGCACAAAACUUGAUGCCGUAUUAUAUUAUAUGACAAAAUUUCUGCCU